AUGGUGAAUUGCCAGGAGGUUUUGACAAAGAAUACAGUGGUGGGUCUUGGGCUGGGACAGUUUCUAUCUCUUCUCAUCACUUCAACUGGAUUCCUGUCUUCUGAACUUGCUAAAAAAGGAAUCAAUGCACCAACAUCUCAGUCUUUUUUGAAUUAUAUAUUAUUGGCACUGGUGUAUGGAGGCAUUAUGCUCUAUAGAAGGAAAGCUCUCAAGGCAAAAUGGUAUUACUAUGUCCUGCUUGGAUUGGUUGAUGUUGAAGCUAAUUUUCUUGUGGUCAAGGCAUACCAGUACACGUCCAUUACAAGUGUCAUGCUACUGGAUUGUUGGGCUAUCCCAUGUGUCCUAUUUUUCACCUGGUUCUUUUUGAAGACGAAGUACAGAUUCAAGAAGUUGGUUGGUGUAGUAAUUUGUAUUGCUGGCCUUGUGAUUGUUGUCUUUUCAGAUGUACAUUCUGCAGAUAGAGCAAGCGGUAGUAACCCCAUUAAAGGUGAUUUACUUAUAAUUGCUGGGGCCACGCUUUAUGCUGUUAGUAAUGUUGCUGAGGAAUUUUUUGUUAAAAGUGCUGAUAGAGUUGAACUUAUGUCAUUCUUGGGAAUUUUUGGUGCCAUUGUCAGCGCUAUCCAAAUAAGCAUACUCGAACGCAAUGAACUUAAAAGUAUUCACUGGUCAGCUGGGGCGGCGCUUCCUUUUGUCGGAUUUUCGAUGGCCAUGUUUUUGUUUUACUCAGGUGUUCCAAUCUUAUUAAAGAUUAGUGGGUCUACAAUGCUUAAUUUGUCUUUGCUCACCUCUGAUAUGUGGGCUGUUUUAAUUCGUAUCUUUGCGUACCAUGAAAAGGUUGAUUGGAUGUAUUUUGUAGCCUUUGCUAUCGUUACUGCCGGGCUUAUUGUUUAUUCAGUGGGCGACGAAAUGGAGGAAAACCCGGCUGAGGUUGGAGAUGAGGAGGUCGAGCAAAGCAAGUGCUUUGACGAGGAGGCAGUUGGUAGGGGAACUUCCUGCAUAAUUUCAGCUGUAAAGAAUGGUCAAGCACUGCCUCUAUUGAAGAAGUAG